CAGACCGCAGCCACACGAACCUGCUGCCACAGAGAUAUAUCUGUGCCUGCUGCUUUUUUGCUAUCAUUAUUACUAUAAUAUUUAACUGUUUCUAUCGAUAGAUUUUACACAACAACAAAUCUUAAUAUGGCGGAAGUUUGUAAGGAUCCAAAAGAGGCGUCUGAAGCCUCUGUGUCCGAAAAUCAAGAGCCUGAGAGCGGGCACUCAGCAGGAGCAGAGACGGACAGAGUGAAGAGUGAGGGCGAUGCAGAGGUGGAGGAAGGGGAGCUGUCCACGGAGACACAGAGGAAAGUGAUGGAGCUGCUGUGUGAUGAGGCGCACUUCCUGAUGGACGAUAAACUCCUGACCCUGCUGGCUCCUCUGGAGAAGGAGAAACAGACCGUUGUGAAAAUGGACUCCCUCCUCUGUACUCUUGGCCUUGGAGAGCAGGACGUGCCCAGGUUGGCUCAUUUCUUAUUAAAGUAUGAACGGCAGCAGAGAGAGCAGACGGAGGAUGUUUCUGCUGAGUUGGGUGCGACACAUCCGACCUCUGGACUCAUUGCUCCUAACCACGUGGUGCCCGCUCUAAAAAGUUUCCUCCAGCAGCACAGGAGGUCAAAGGAGAGUGCCGCCCGCCAACAUCGCAUCUUUCAUGUUGCAGGCCGGCAUACUUCAGAGAGUAAGGCCUACUGGAAGAGCAUGGGCAAUAUCAUCUAUGAGAGCAAAGUGAAACUCUGGGACGAUGCAGACUAAAGCAUGCGGUCCUGACGGAGAUCUCUGAGCUCAUCCCUCAGACUCAGAGUGUGAAGCAGCAGAACGCAGAGCCGUGGACGCUGCUGCAACAGUCCCUCAACUCAUGAGUAUGUGUGUGUGUUUGUGUUCCUCUUGCACUACUCUAAAAUAGGAGCUUAAAAAUGGCUCCCAAAAUGCCUUUCAAAGAUUAACGUUUUUACAGUCUAUCCCUGUGACAUAGUCAGUGACUCAAUCUUUCAUCUUGUCGUUGAUAUGCAAACAUUGUCCAUUUCUCUCGUCAUCUCUCCUCUUGAGUCCUUAUCCUAUGAGUUAAUAGUUGCAUAUCAUAUAUUUAAUUCACAAAUUUCAGCCAUUCAUCUUGUGUUGGUGGUUCUUCCUUGUACCAUCUCUUCAUGAUGGCCUUUUUACAGGCUUCAAAUAAGAUUUUCAGGAGGUAUCUGUCUUCUCUUAACACAGUUCCUACUAUCAUACUGCCUAUGUACAAUACCAUGUAUGAUCUAGGUACAUCAUAGCCCAAAAUUUUGAUAAUAGCCAUAUAAAUAGUAUUUGCUUUUAAUCUGUGGUGUAAUACAGAAUCUAUAUUCUUCCAACAGUGUGAGAGGAUGUUGUUGACUGUUGUGUUCUCUAAAUAUGCAACCAUCUUCUAUAAUAUUCACGACUAGUUCUUUUUCCCAUUUCAGCUUCACAUUUAGUGUUAUAUUUCCUCUUCGAUCAUUCCUAGUUCUUACGGUGCGAACGCAACAAAAAGGGGCCUUCUAAGAACUAUGUCCUUAGAAGCUUGAAAAAGUUCCUCCGCACAGAAAAUGCCUAAUAGUAUAGAAAAUAGUAAAGCUGACAUCUUUGAUUGUC